CAAUAGUCAAUCUCACUGUCCAAUUUUUCGUCUGAGAUUCUUCAUCCAUUGAUUUGCUUCAAUACAAGAAAUUGCAGACCUAUGAGGGCCCUCCGGGAUCAUCCUUCUCUGGUGGUUAAGAUUAAGAAACCAGGAGGCGAUUUUGAGUAUUGCAAGCGCCACCAAAAACAUCGCGUCUAAUGUGUUCGACAAAAUGCCUCUGAGAGAGAUAAAGGAUGUUGUGCUGACUUUGUCAAGCCUCUUGUUUCCGUGGUCACGAACCUUCUGCGAAUUUCUCUACUUGACUUGCAACUUGACUCUGUUAAUUCACCAUCAUUUAUUGAUUGAAGCAAUGCAGUUUGAUUGUUGGAGAUGCAAUGAGGAUUCAGACCUUAGUUUUGUAUGUUGUGUUGGUUGGAUUUCUUGACUGCUCAAUUUCGACUCCAGAAGAUGAUGAUGAUGAUGGUAAGAGGAUUAUCAACAUUGGUCUGAUUGCAGACAUGGAAUCAUCGAGCUGGGAGGGGAAGGUCGUAAGUAGCUUCAUUUCCAUGGCUUUGGGGGACUUUUACAACCUCAAUGGAGGGUUCAGAACUAGGAUUGCUCUUCAUGUCAGAGAUUCUAAGGGGGAUUCUCUGCAAUCUGUUGCUGCUGCCCUUGAUCUUUUGGAGAAUGUUGAAGUCCAAGCAAUCAUAAUACCUCAAAUUUCAAGUGAAGAGUUGUUUCUAUCGAUGCUGGGGGACAAAUUUAAAGUCCCACUCUUAUCGUUUUCUUCAUUGCCAUCGUCCCAUCAUCAACAUCAUCCCUAUUUUAUUCAAGUCAGUGAAGAUGAGAUCAAUCAGUUCCAUGGCAUUGCUUCCUUUAUUAAACACUUCAAAUGGAAAAGCUUCGUGUAUUUGUACGAGGAUACCGCUGAUGCAAGACUAUCCCAAACAUAUAUAGAUAACAUAUUCCAGGAGGAUAACUUGGAGAUUAAGUAUCGAGCAGCCAUUUCUCUUCAGGCCACAGAUGAUCAAAUCAGGAAUGAGCUUCAUAUGCUAACAGCAAUCAAUGCUUCUAUUUUUGUGGUGCAUUUUUCGCCCUCAUUGGCUUCCCGGGUAUUUGUAAAUGCGAAGUUAUUAGGGAUGAUGAACGAGGGAUCUGCGUGGAUCUUGACUAGUAAGGCCAUGAAUUUCUGGGAACCUCAGGAUUCUUCAUUCUGCGAGUCGAUGCUAGGAGUAGUUGGUUUCAGAACUUAUGUUCCAGAGUCGAUUAAGCUCCAAAAUUUAACUUCAAGAUGGAGAAUGGAUUUUCAACAGAUUAUUGAAUCUAACUUGACAAUAAGGGAGCUGAAUAUAGUCGGUCUAUGGGCAUACGAUGCCGCUUGGGCUCUAGCAGAGGCAGUUGAAAAUGCAGUACCACAAACCUCUGAACAUCAUGUUAAUGUUUCGACAACAAAACAGUUGGAUUUUUCUAGAAUAAGAGUUUCAAAUAGUGGUCGAUCCAUCUUGAGUGCGAUCAUGAGCAGAAAAUUUACCGGAUUAGCUGGUGAGUUUCGGCUUAAAUAUCAGAAAUUAGUCCAAGAUAAGUAUGAAAUACUAAAUGUUCUAUGCAAAGCCGAGAGACAGGUAGGUUUCUGGACGUCUACUUAUGGUCUCACUAAGAGUUUAUCUUCUCACGACAAUUUAUCCUCUAACACUCUUGAAACUAUCUUUUGGCCGGGGCUUUCAUCCACAGCUCCACAAACUUCGUCGAUCCAUAUGAAUAGAAAAAGCUUUAAAGUUGGGAUCCCAUCGAAAGGGAGGUUCUAUGAAUUGAUACACACAGAGUAUGAUCCAGAAAGUAAUGCAUUUACUUAUAGGGGAUUUUGUAUGGACGUGUUCGAAGCAGCUCUUGACAGAUUGCCUGAUAAGAUAUCCCCUGAAUAUGUUCCGUUUGACAAUAGUAGCUACACUGACCUCGUACAUCAGGUCUAUCUUGGGACUUAUGAUGCUGCCGGGGGGGACUUAACUAUACUUUCGAAUAGGUCUAUGUAUGUCGACUUCACGGUGCCUUAUACAGAACUAGGCUUGGGAGUCAUGGUAAAACUCGACAAUGACCCUUGGUUUUUCUUGAAGCCACUCAGUAUGGAGCUUUGGAUAGCGAGUGCUUGCUCUUUUGUUCUGACGGGGUUCAUUAUCUGGCUUAUCGAGCACCGUAUUAAUGAAGAGUUUCAAGGUUCUAUUGCGCAGCAAAUCGGGGCUGCAUUGUGGUUUGCUGUCUCAACUCUUGUUUAUGCUCACGGAGAAAGAUUGCAUAGUAAUGUCUCCAGAUUCGUUGUUGGUGUGUGGCUUUUCGUUGUCCUGAUACUUACGUCGAGCUAUGUUGCGAAUUUGAGUUCGCUGUUGACAGUUUCACAAUUUAAGUUAUCGAAAAGUCAGUAUAUCGGCUACACAGGCACUCCUUUUUUGCGAGGCUUGAUUGUUAGAGACAAUACAAUUUUCAGCAAAGACAGGUUCAACCCAUAUGAGUAUCCUGAGCAAUUUUACGAGGCUCUAAGGAAAGGAGGUAAAAAUGGCGGAGUGGACGCGAUAAUUGAAGAAGUUCCUUAUAUAAAAACACUUGUCGCAAGGUAUCCUCGCGAGUUUGCCAUGGUUAAAACCUCGCUCCAAACAAGUGGAUUCGGCUUUGCUUUCCCUAAAGGAUCGCCGCUGGUUCAUGAGAUGUCGAGAGCAAUAUCUCAGCUUAGAGAAGAAGGAAAGCUUCUUGAAAUGGAGAACAAAUGGCUUAAAAGCCAGUCGUCGAUGUUUUCUCAGGACAGCGAUUCGCCUGAGAUGAGCCCUCUCAACGUACAUCAGUUUUUCGGGCUGUUUCUCAUGAAUGGUACGUCUGAACUCUUUGCCGUAGUCGUAUUUAUCAGCUUCUUGCUCCGCGAAAAACUGUCGACGGGCUUUCGCUUUCUGAAAACCUUGGCUGGAGGAAAAUUGUUAUACACUUUGAGGUAUUUGUAUUUCAAGAUGAACACCAUUGCUGCUAAUGUUCACCCUUGAUCAAAUGUUUGUAUAUAUUUCUGCAUGUGUUGUAUGUAUAUGUAGAAUUUCAUGUGUUAUCUA